CACUAUGGUUGUAUGCUUGAUCUUCUUGGUCGCACUGGAAAUCUUGACCAAGCUAAGUGUUUUAUUGAUGAAUUGCCAUUGACUUCGACUGCCAGAAUAUGGGGUUCUCUCCUUGCUGCAAGUAGGCACCACAGAAACAUAGAGCUGGCUGAACUUGCAGCUUGUCAUAUUUCAUCCUUGGAACAUGAUAAUACUGGAUGCUAUGUCUUGCUUUCUAAUAUGUAUGCCGAAGUUGGGAGAUGGGAAGACAUAGAACGGAUUAAAUUUCUUAUGAGGAACCAAAGGUUAGAGAAAAUCACUGGAUGCAGCAUACUGGAAACCAACAAUAGGACUUACAGAUUCACCAAUCACGAUAGGUCCCAUGUCGAUUCGAAUGUGAUAUAUGAGGUGUUAGACAUUAUUUUGAGGAAGAUAGGGGAAGAACUAUGUUCUUAUGAAGUCUCCAAAACCAAACCACCAGAUUUGGCAAGAAGAAGAGCAAACUCGACAAAGUACCACAGUGUGAGAUUAGCAAUUUGUUACGGGUUGAUUUCCACAUCCCUUGGAAACCCUAUUCUUGUAAGGAAGAAUACUAGAAUCUGUGAGAAGUGCCAUAGUGCUGCAAAGAAGAUUUCAGAAUUUACCAACAGAGAGAUAGUAGUGGGAGAUUCGAAGAUAUAUCAUCACUUCAGGGAUGGGCAUUGUUCAUGUGGAGAUUACUGGUGA